AUUUUCAGAGAGAUUAAAUGAAAAGCUGAGUGAUGCUGAGCACAUAUGCUGAGAAAAGAAGUAUGUUUAGCGUUGGUGGGUUGAAGUUGCUACUGAUACUCUCAGUUAGUGGAAAUCUGCUUUCCGAGAUAGAUCUUGGUAGCAAUAACAGGACGGGAAGUGAUAUCAUUGACAACGAAACAACGAAACUACCAAUAUUAUCAAUUGUUGAGCACAAUGAAAAUGUGGAAGAAAAGAAAAGUUCGAUGGUGAAACGUUUUCUUUUCAAGGAGGAGUAAUCCUUUUUCGAACCCUGAAUUUAUUUAGCAUUUGAACUGUAUUCCAAAAUUUUUCAGGCUAUAUUUUUCAUACUUUUGGUGAUUGCUGUGUCAACAUUGGUCGUGCAUAUGCUUAUCGUGUCUAAAUUAUAUUUUAUACCAGCAAGCCUAACCAUAGUUCUUUUGGGGAAGUUUUUAUUAAAUGUUGUCAUUAUUCAUUACGAAGUUGCUCUUUAGAUUAACUGCGGUGUAGCUGGACUCUUGGCAAAGCAUGAAUUGAACUUGUUUUUCUAGUAAAGAAACUUCUCUUACUCAUUGCGCAAUUCAUGAUCCUUAUUAGAAAGUAGUACUAUUAAAACAAAAGCAAAGGGUUGGCGAAGCCCAACUGUUUAACUCCAUCGGGUGGCGACACAUUUUUUCAGCAAUAGCUUUUUGAGUUCUCCAUAUUAAAAAGAAUCUUAUUAUUUGCAGAUUUUGUUUUAUUUGAGAAAAUUUGUAGGUGCUAUAAUUGGUCUGGUGCUAUCAUAUAGCAAAAGAGAUUGGACAGAAGUGGAAACAUUUAGUCCCAAUAUAUUUUUUCUUGUUCUUCUUCCCCCGAUCAUUUUCGAGAACGGUUACAACCUACACAAAGGCGAUUUUUUCACGAAUAUGUUCCCGAUCUUAUCAUUUGCUACACUUGGAACAGUAAUAUCUGCUGUAACUAUUGGUUCAGCGCUAUACAUCCUUGGCCAGGCUGAUUUAAUAUAUAAAAUGAGUGCCGCCGAGAGUUUUGCAUUUGGCUCAAUGAUUUCUGCUGUGGAUCCAGUUGCCACACUUGCAAUCUUUCAAGCAUUGAACGUUGAGCGAAUGCUAUAUAUGCUUGUUUUCGGUGAGUCCAUGCUUAACGAUGCCGUUUCCAUCGUUCUUACAUCUAGUUCUCUGGACAUGUCUCUUCAUAAUUUUACAUGUUCAACAUCAGGCAGCUUAUUUUUCCCAAUAAUCUCCAGAUUUACAUAUAUCUUUCUCAUAUCUGCUCUUCUUGGUGCUUUUGUUGGAUUUCUUUCAGCACUGUUGUUCAAGUACGUUGAUCUUCGUAAAACGCCAUCACUGGAGUUCGCUUUGCUACUUAUAUUUGCAUAUUUGCCGUAUGGUCUUGCAGAAGCCAUUUCGCUUUCAGGUAUAAUGGCUAUUUUAUUUUGCUCAAUAACUAUGUCUCAGUACACUCAUUUCAAUAUUUCACCUAUAACACAAAUCACUAUGCAACAGACAUUCAGAACAUUGGCAUUUGUGGCAGAAAUUUGCACCUUUGCAUAUUUGGGACUGGCUUUAUUCACAAUCAAGCUUCAAUUUCAACCAAUGUUUGUGUCAUGGAGCAUUUUGCUUUGCUUCGUUGGCCGUGCAUUCAAUGUAUUUCCGCUUGCUUAUCUGGCCAACAAAUGUCGUCGUCCUCAGAUUUCUAUGAAAAAUCAGUUCAUAAUGUGGUAUAGUGGUAUGAGAGGGGCCGUCGCAUUUGCAUUAGCUUUGCAUAUAUCGAUAGAAAACGAGGAAACAAAAAGAGUUUUGCUAACAACAACACUUUUCAUCGUGUUAUUCACCAUUCUUUUUCUUGGUGGUACGACUUUACCUAUGCUGCGAAUUCUAAGCAGUACAUUUCCGGAGAAGAAGCAGCGAAAGAGUGUAGGAAUACGAAAAGCGAGUGAUAGGAAUAGGUCUGCCGUGGUGCUAAGUAAAACACAAGAAAUGUUUAUAUUCGAUCAGUCGGAAUAUUUGACUUCUGGCACAGAAGAGAUUGGUAAAUUUAGUAAAUAUGAGGGAAAUACAUAUAAGGGAGCUGCUUACAAAUUUAACGAGCUAUUUGUACGACCACUCUUUGUCCGCAGAUAUACGCUGCAAGAGCUACAGGAGAAUCGAAUGAGUAUGCAUCAAAUUACAAGUAAAAUACUCAGUGCAGAUAGUGGUGGUCUAAUCCGGCAUUUCUCUACCGAUGAAACGUCCAGUACUUCUUCCACAGCCCAACCGUUAUUAUGACUUUGACCUUUACUGAACUUCUAUUGCUUACAUAGUUUUACUUUUUUAUUGUAAUCAGCAAAUAAAUGUAUCACUAUCGGAUGAUCAUUAAAUUAGCCGGUAGUGGUAUAUCUUCUGAUUACAGGAGUGUCCAGUGCUCCUUUCCCCCCUAAUAAUCAUUCUGUUCGAUAUGUUGUAUACAAUGUUGGGG